AUGCUCGUCUUUAGUCGAAAGGAUCUCCCUGCGGACCCUGUCUUCCCUGCGGAUCUGAAGAAGCUGGGAUACUUCAUCAAUGGCAAAGACCAGAUCCGGAUGAUUACGGAUCCAGAGAAGGAGUUCCAGUACAAGAUCAACAAGCAUGAGCGCUGGAACGAUAUGCAGAGAGAGGCCAUGAACACAUGCAUCCGCAGCAUUGUCUCCUCUCGUCUCCACGAUCUUGGCCUCGUCACUCUACGCCUCCCACUAACUGCUAAACCCACCGAUUCCCACGUCCCAAUCCUAGUCUCCAAGAACAUAUCCUCCGCCUCUCGCGUCAUUGUUGUCUUUGGGGAACCUACACAGGAUCUUGGAGUCUGGGCUUACCGGACUAUCGGGCACGAGGGCAUCGAUGCCGGCUCGGCCGUUGCUUUUGCCCGGGCUGUUCUCGGCAAGAAAGAUGACACUGAUUCCACAAUUGACGCUAAUCCCAAGGCUACAAGCAAAGACUUGUCGACUACGGCCCUUGUCCUGGCAAACGCCGGCCAAUUGGUCUGGCACUGCCGCUCCCGUCGAGCCAUGACUCUGGCAUCCUGGCCUUGCGUUCCCCGAGAAUCGGCUGUAGAUCCUCCUCCGGCCAUGACUCAUCGAAACAAGAUCCCUGGAAAUGAGAACUGGCAGGAACAUGUCAAUUACGUCUUUGAGGAGAUCCUGGCGGCUCGAGGACGGCUUGUUAGAGCGGAUGCGAAGAUUGGCAUCAUUGGACUGGUUGAUGGCGGAUUGGGUGCCAUCAGGUACUUGGCGAAUAAUUGGGAAUCAUGGCGUCCUUACAUCUCCGCCAUCUGCCUCUCAAAUCCCCUUCAUGUAGCUUCGAUUGAUUUCGGGGCCCAGAAGAACACGGAAGAUCCUUCAUCGUUUGCUUCCUUCAUCUCCUCGCGUUGCCGUGGCUAUAUGAUCUCGAACCAGCCCGUAGGCCUGCCUGUUGCCUCGCCCCAUGACCACGGGUGCAAUUGCUAUUCGUCCGGUGAGACACUCAAUAUCGAGUGCAUUAUGCCCCAGGCCUGGAAGAACAUGCUUGAGUGGCUCGAUCAGACCUUUACGGACCCGAACCACUGCGAGGCCAGAUUGGUGAUCAGGGAGUUUAGUGGGAACGGGCUCCCGGAAGGGUUUGUGGACGAGGAAGUGGAUGAAGAGGAUAAUUGA